ACGAACGCAGACAUAAGAGCACCAGCAGUAACAGCAUCUCCUCCACCUGAAGAGCCUCCCCUGAUGGCGGGAGCGAAUGGCAGCUCAUUAACCAAGAAGCGGAAGAAGGAAGGCCUGAAGCCCAUCAUCACAAGAGAAGGACCAGCACCGGGGUAAGCCAUGAUUUCCUUUCAAUGUGUGGUGCCACUGCAUUGCCUUCCCUUUGCUCAUCUGCCUCCGCCUCUGCCUCUGCCUCUGUCAGCGCAAGCAGCAAAGACAUGCACAUGUUGGUACAAGCUGGCUGCAAUCUGCAGCCCGAACCGUCUAGACUCCGAGGUGUCAUGGCUAUCAUCGAUGCGGGGCUGGGCUGGGCUGGUCGAAUCCCGGGGCUCUGGACCAUCAAUCAAGCAAGCAACCAAAGCAGCCAGUAUGUCGAGCUACUGGAACUUCAGAGGAUCGAUAUCGUUGCGCGCGGCAUCAAGUCCUCCUGCCACGCCACGACAAUUCAAUUCAAUUCAAGAAACAAGAACGUGGAAGAAAGGUACAAGGUUGCUUCCGCCACGCACAGCUGUACCUUUUGGAAUGACUAGCGCGCACAGCUGGGGUUCCCGAGGACGGACCUGUCCACCUGUUCCAAGGAUGAUUUUGGGCCGCAACUUGCCUGCCCCCAGACUGACUGCAGUGUGGUCAGCACUGUGCGCACUUCUGUCACAACCACAGGCCUGCCUACCUUUAGACAAGGUAGAGAGUGUGCGAAAGAGGGGUCAUGAUCGCCAUUUGGGAAAACCCGCUUUCGCCAGCUGUCACGACGUUGCAUCUCUCGAGUCUGAUUUGCGACUUUGCCCAGCGCCAGUGCAUGCAAGCGCCUGCCGGACUGUUUCUUUUUCGGGCUCCGUCUGGUAUUUCUCAAUCGCGUCUGUCAAUUUGUCUUCGUUUUUGCGACCCAAAAGCCCAUUGUGUUCUUCCGCCACUCUCUACCAAGACCUCGAAGCUUCCCAUCCGCCUUGAUUGUUUGAUUGAGCAUUUUGUAUCCUGUAGUACGGGUCACAGAGCGGACACCAUGAUGAAGAAAAGGUCGCAUUAGUCUUGGCCCCAACAUCAAACCCCAUCCACACCUUUCCCUCUAUUGCCCCCACCACUACUCGUGUCAAAAUCUCUCACACUGUCCCUCGCUGGCGCUGGGCGCUUCGUCCGCUGAUAAGCCUCUCCAACCCGGGCCCAAUCUUUGCCAUUCAGUGUUUGUUGCCAGC